AUGGCCUCUGCAAUUCCUGGUCCCAUCCCGCUGCCUCAGUCACGUUAUGACCUCAACACAUACAUGGGGAGAGUAAAGCACUGUGCUGGAAUUUCGGACCCCUCCAUGCUGUUAAACACUAGUGCAGAUGUAGAAACUGCGAAGACCCUGAUCUCUGAUUUUAAGAACGGAAAAAUCAAGCAGAUGACGCCAGAAUUAUGGAGGGCCAAAAGAGUUUUGGACUCCACUAUUCAUCCUGACACUGGGGAAACUGUGUUGCUUCCAUUCAGAAUGUCGUCAUGCGUUUUGAGUAACCUGGUGGUGACAGCAGGUAUGUUAACCCCAGGUCUUGGAAGCAUAGGGACUCUUUUCUGGCAAGUGGCCAACCAGUCACUGAAUGUUGCGAUCAACAUUGCAAAUUCUAACAAGUCUCACCCAUUGUCAACUCGUCAGCUUAUAACGAAUUACACCUUAGCUGUAACAGCCUCAUGCUCGGUCGCCUUAGGGUUGAACUCGAUUGUUCCAAGAUUAAAGUCAUUAGCUCCAAACACUAGAAUGAUCCUAGGAAGAUUGGUUCCCUUUGCCGCUGUUGUAUCUGCCGGUGUCGUGAACGUAUUUUUAAUGAGAGGAGAAGAGAUCAAGAAAGGUAUAAGUGUUUUCGAUCAAGAUGGAAACGACGUGGGUCUUUCAAAGAAAGCCGCCUUUUACGCAGUUGGGGAGACUGCUGCUUCACGUGUUAUUAAUGCUACUCCGAUUAUGGUUAUACCCCCGUUAAUCCUAGUCAAAUUGCAAAAAGGAUUCUUAAAAGGAAAAGGUGUCGGAAUUCAGACCUUUACUAAUAUUGGGUUGAUCUGUGCCACCUCCUUGAUUGUAUUGCCAUUUGCACUAGCUGUAUUUCCCCAGCGUCAACAGAUACAUGUUUCUAAACUAGAGACAAAGUUCCAUAAUUUGACCGACUCUAGAGGUAAUAAAUUAAACACCGUAGAGUUCAAUAGAGGUAUAUAA